ACGUACGCCUUAUAGAGGCAUGGGUUGAAAGGGUAUAUAAGGCCAAGGGGACCAAGAAGAGAGGUCUGGCACCCUGGAGCCAUGGGGAAGUUGAGACUUCGCACCGCCAGAAGGGACAAGACCCCUUGACCCUCAGCCCUGGUUCCUGAUUUGGCUGCCUUACUCUGCCUCAACCCUAGGAUCUCAAAGUUGCAGCAACAGACUUGGAGAAAAGACAAAGGUGACUGAGUGAUGAAGAUCUGAAGUGUUCGAAGGACAACAGCCAGUUAUAUAACGCGCAACGGAAACCACAUUCUGCAUCUCUCUGCCCGCAAUCAGCUGUCAAAUCAACAUCUCACAUGAAACAUGUGUAAUCUGACGUGGCUCCAAAACCGGAGCAGAUAUCCAACUAAUUAAAAGCAAAUCCACUCUGCGAUUAGCAUCGUGUUAUUUUUAGAAAAGAGAAGGACGGCGAUUGGAGUGGAGAGGACGUGAAAAGAGGGGAGGGCGCCCGGGCGUGAGAGAUAAACAGAGAGGGGAUGGACGCCGCGUCUCACAGGAAGACCAGAGAGGCUGAGGACGCGCGAGUGGAGAGGAAGAUCUGACAGGCCGGAAGAAGAAGGAGGACGCUGCAGAUUCGCAGGGAGGUGAUCACCACAAGAGGAGCAACUAGUGCCUCCUGGUUACGCCGUCAGCUUUUCCCUCCUGAACGUGCUCACCAUGAGGAGUGUGUGUGUGUGUGUGUGUUUCUGCCUGGCUCUGCUGCUGCCCUGCUGCGUUCAGAGCCAUGUGAGCCGCCCGGCCCUCGCCCGGCUCGACGAGGACACGCAAAGAGACGUCCUGGCCGUCGACUUCCUGGACCGCGACGGCGUGUUGAACUCACUGCUCCGUUCAGAGCAUCACCUGGUGCUGCGGCAGGCCAGAGCCCCGCGCCCCGCGCCCCGGGUGCCGAAGAGAGCCCAGCAGGGCUCCCGCUUCGCCCUGUCCCUGGAUGUCCCCACCAGCAUCCUCAGUGUCCUCAUAGACCUCGCCAAGAACCAGGACAUGAGGACCAAGGCGGCGGCCAACGCGGAACUCAUGGCGAGGAUCGGCAAGAGGAAAUGAAAGCAGCCGGAGGGACGGAGACCCAGAGCCGGCCUGAGGCAUAAGUGAAGGAAGGCGCAGCUCGGGCUCAAAGGAAUGCGUCAGUUUUCAAAGAUUAAAUCUUUAAAUACUUACAGUUAUGUUGAGAAUGUAAUAAAAUAAAAUUCAAACACAUUUGAAGUUAAAACACAAAUUGGAAUUUUCAGAGCAAUUAAACUUUUACAAAUUGAA